AUGUCACUCUCACCACCCCCUCCAGUCUCCCUAAGCUUGCCGGCUGCCAACCCAAAGAAGCGCCUAUCUAUUGCUUCCGCCUCCUCAAACCCGCCUGCGAAUUUGAAGCGGCAGCGGACCCAUCCUCUGCGACAAACAUCAUUCCCUAUAUCCGCAGACAAUGACCCGCGAGUCUAUACUGGCGCUAGCUCCAGGUCAGAAGCUGAUGCUGUGAGCGUAACGGGUAGCUUUACGGGGUCUUUUGCUGGAAGCGUUAAUGGCAGCACGGUUGGUGGGAGAGGGAAGAGGAAGAGUAAAAAGGACAAGGACGUUGCGGCAAGCGUGAAAGGUGGAGCAGAGAGCACUGCUGGUGGACGCGCGGACGCGGCCACGUCUGUGAAGGGUGGAAUUGGACAAGGAGAUGAGGAUGGCGAUAUUGAAGAUGAUGAUUUUAUCGAUGAGCCGGAAGUCGACGGAGGCGCGGCCGUUGACGCCGCUGCCGAGAAGAAGAAUCUUGCUAUUUUGAUGGAUGCUUUUAACCCUGAGCAGUCAUCCCGUUACGACUUCUUUAAACGCGCCAAACUGAACAAACCUACUCUUCGAAAGAUUGUGAACCAGACUCUGUCGCAGUCUGUUCCGCCUAAUGUUGUUACCACCAUUGGUGGAUAUACUAAGGUGUUCAUUGGAGAAAUAAUUGAAAAGGCGAGGACAAUACAGAAUGAAUGGGCGGAUGCAUUUGAUGCUGCUGCUAUAGCGGAAGCCGAAGCUGAAGAGGCGGAAAAGCAGCGCAAACAAAAAGAGAAAGAAGACAAGGAGAAGGAGAAUAAUAUUUCGCAGGCCACGCCACACGUGAAUGGAGACGAUCUUAAUAUGUCGCAAGUGAAGUCUGAAUUCCCGCAUGAAAACGGGACGAACGACAGUAUUGCGGGCAUCCAGCCUGCACAGCUGUCCUCCACUCAAGUCCCUUCACCAGCCCAGGCCCCAGUCACAGGUAUAAGCACUGCCAAUGGGGUUAAUUCGCCUAUACUUCUUGAUGAACCCUUGCCCGCGCCGAAGACGGCGAUUAAACUGCCGCCGAACCCCCAUCGUGGCCCACUGUUACCGUCACAUAUCCGCGAGGCGUUAAGGCGAUAUAAACUUAGCGCACAGGGCGAUAAUGUUGGCUUCUCUGGGUUGAGUCUGAAAGGACUUGGUGUUAAGGGGCCAUUUGCAUGGAGCGUCAGGGGAGUUGGUGGAAGAAGGCUGUUCAAUUAA